AUGGCCGAUACAAACCAAAACGAAACGAAGCCAGAUGGUGCUGUCUUCGAUGAUUAUUUUGAGAGUCUAGGUAAAAAGGCACAGAAUCUUUCUGCCAAUGACCAGAAGGAUGGCACUGUAACAAACGGCGCAUUAGAGUCAGAUGAAGAUCAGAGGGUGGUAGAUGAAAUCGAAUCAUUAUGUAUGAACUGUCAUGAAAAUGGAAUCACCCGAUUACUUCUCACACGAAUUCCUUACUUCCGCGAAAUUAUCCUUAUGUCCUUCUUCUGUCCGCAUUGCAGCUUCAAAAAUUCCGAGAUCCAAUCUGCUGGAGAAAUUCAACAAAGAGGUUCACGAUUUGAAUUGCGCCUCACCACCCCCGAAGAUUUCUCCAGGCAAGUGGUGAAAUCUGAUACUUGUACUGUGAAAUUUAUCGAAUUGGAUCUUGAGGUUCCAGAAGGUCGAGGACAGUUGACAAAUGUAGAAGGUCUUUUGAGCAUGAUUCUUGAUGAUCUUGCUCUCAAACAACCAGAGCGAAAGGAGCAAAUUCCAGAAGUGUAUGAAAAAAUCGAAGAUGUUAUUACUAGAGGUCGAAAGAUGCUUGCAGGGGAGGCAUUCCCUUUCAGAUUAUCUCUUGAUGAUCCAGCAGGAAAUUCAUGGAUUGAGCCAGAUCAAAAGGAUGGUGUAGGAAAACUCGCCAAGGUCCAAUAUCCAAGAACCCCAGAACAAAAUGAGGCUCUUGGUCUUAGUGGUGAACAGCCUACUGAUGCUGCCACUGGAGGACAACCCACUGCCGCAAGUUUCGAAGACGAUGAUAUUAUCCCCAACGAGGUUUAUUCUUUCCCAGCUACCUGCCCUGGAUGUACAAGACAUUGCGUCACACAUAUGAAGAUGGUUGAAAUUCCACAUUUCAAGCAAGUUGUUAUUAUGAGUACAGUAUGUGAGCAUUGCGGAUAUCGUUCGAAUGAGGUUAAGACUGGAGGUGAAGUGCCAGAGAAGGGUAAAUGUAUCACUCUCAAGGUUGAAAGUGUUGUGGAUUUAGCCAGAGAUAUCCUCAAGUCAGAGUCAUGCGCAUUGGAAUGCCCUGAACUCAAACUCUCGGUUAACCCUGGAACAUUGGGAGGAAGAUUCACCACCGUUGAAGGUCUUCUCACUCAGGUGCGAGACGAUUUACAUCAACAAAUCUUUGAUGUUGGCGACGCCGGAGAAGGUGGAGAUGGUAUGGAAUCAGAAUCUAAGAAAAACUGGAAGAUAUUCUUCGAUGGUAUCGACGAGGCUAUCAAGGGCGAGAGAAAAUUCACAAUUAUCCUCAGGGAUCCAUUGGCCAGCAGUUACGUACAGAAUCUGUUUUUACCAGACGCUGAUCCAUCGAUCGAGAUAGAGGAAUAUGAAAGAACUGCUGAGGAAGAAGAGGACUUGGGUCUUUCUGAUAUGAAGACGGAAGGCUAUGUAGAUGAGGUGGGAGAUGAAAAGAGGAGAGUAGAGGCUGAGAAGGCCGCCUCGGAGAAGAAGGAAUAA